UCCUCAAGGGAUAUGGUGUAUUUCUCCUUGAUUCAUUAACACCUUGCUUUCAUUCUUUAUUUAAGGCAGACUUUAUUUUUAAAUCAGGUAGCGAUAAAAAUUCAGCUCUCGGCAUACAGAAGCACAGCAGAUUUUUCUUCCCACGUUCCACCACUAUUUAAGUCGACUCGGUUCAACCUAAACUCUUGAAGCCUCUCUCACCACAUUUCCUGUUUAUAACUGAACAAAGUACACACAAAAGAGUUGAAGAAACAGAGGAGAGGAGAAAAAAAACCCGAGUGCUGAUAAAGAUAUAUGUCGGCGCUAUGCUGUUUCUAACAUAACAGAGCAACGGCGUUUAGAAAAAAAAGCUGGUAGGAGAAUUUGCAGUCUGUCCUUCUGUUUCAUGGCUGCACACAGGUGCUUCUGAAAAGAACCAUGUCAGGAAUCUCCGGCUGCCCCUUUUUGCUCUGGGGACUUCUAGCCUUCUUUGGUUUGGCUCUGGUUAUAUCGUUAAUCUUCAAUAUUUCCCAUUAUGUAGAAAAGCAGCAACAAGACAAAAUGUACAGAUACUGUGAUGACUACAUUCCAAGAGCUGAAGAAUAUUACGUUGAAGAUACUCCAAUUUAUGGUAACUUAGAUAAUAUAAUCCCAGAAGCAAUGGAUGAGGACUGCUAUGAGCAAAUGAAAGCUCGACCACAAAGGUCUGCAAGUGAUACGCAAGAAGCCCCCACAUCUGGACAGGGACGUGCCGAAGAUCAGAUGUGCUAUGCUACACUGGAUCACAGCUUCAAGGGGAAACGCAGAAGGCCCAGGAAACAGAACGCUAAUUUGUUAGACAGGGAAAAGGAUGCACAAGUGUGUGCAAUGGAUGCCAACAUUUCUCAGAUCAAUUUGGUAGAAAAUUCCCCACCAGAUAACCAGGCAGUAGAGGAAAGUGUUCAUGAUGAUCCUGCAAGACUGUUUGGAUUAAUCCGUGCCAAGAGAGAGCCUGCAAUCUAGCUGGAUGAUGAUCCAGCUCACUGAUAAGCAUCCUAUCAGAGAUGGUUAAGAAAACAAGAGGGUUGGCAGGACAGUCUGCUCAUUUGUCGAUGGGAUGGUAGCUUCCUUUUUCUUCAGAGAUUGCGUCUCCACACACUAAAUCUAGUGCCAUUAAAUUUAAUUACCUGAAUUCAGUUAAAAAAUAUCCAAGUAGGAAAAGUAAAAUAAUAAAAUCCAGUUUGCAAAUUAAGUUACUUGAUUACAAAGCCAAACUGUAUAGCAAUACCUAGGAAAUUUUUUAAAAAUUUUAAAAGUACAUAUGUGCUCUAGGAUAUGUCACUUGAAAGAUAAAAGCCAAUGUCUUAAAAUAUUAAUCAAUUGAACAUUUCCUCUUUCAUCACUGUGAAUGAAUAAUUAGAAAUUUCAUAUUGAAAGUACAUUGCCAAGAAAAGUAGAAUAAUCUUGAGGAGUAUUUUUCCAAAAUAUAAAUAGCAUAAUUAGUUUAAAAAUUGUUAUAAGAGUUCCAUGUUCCUUACAACAAUAAAAAAAAAAAGAACUUAGAAAUUCUACUGCCAGAGAUAAUCAGUAUGAAUAACUUUCUUUCUGUGUUUGUGAAUAUUGUAUGGACAUAACCAUGUAUAUGUAUCAGUUGUUCCCUUUCUCUGUUUUAACUUAAAAGUAGAGGAUUAUGAGUGUUAUUUAAAUUUUCUUCAUGGAUCAAGGUACUCUGGCUUUACUUCUACUAUAUUUAACUGUAUCAAAUGUACUACAUUUUGUCUGUGUUACUGCUGGAAGCAAACGCAGGAUCUUUCACACAAAAGUCAAGUGCUUCGUCACUGAGCUUCAUCCCAAGUUCUGUCUCAUAAUUGUAAAGUCUGCGUUGUAUCUCAUUUAUGAUUCAAUCAGAAUUCAUUCCAUUAAUAUUGAAGACUACUUAAAUUAAUUCAAGUUUCUAUUUAUCUGUUCACAAAUAAUAUUCUAAUGAGAAUGUUCCAAGACAUGUCUGGAUACUUAUCUAGUUUCUUUUUUGUGGUAAGUCCCCUAAAGGAAAUGAAAUAUAUUUAAAGAUAUGUGUUCAUAUUGUUCAUCUCCAUAGGGCAGAUCUCUAGAAGGUCAGAAGUUGGGUCAAAAAUAUGCACACAGUUUAAUUUCUAAAGGAUUAGCCCACAUUGUCUCCCAAGCAGUUAACUCAAUAAUCUUUAGCAUGGGGCGGAGGUGCUUAGCUGUGAUCCCAGCAUUCAGGAAGCUGAGGCAGGAAGAGCCCAUUAGUUCCAGGCCAUCUGGUCCUGAAUAGUGAAUUUCUGGUCAGCUUGGGUUAAGAGUGAAAUCAUGUUUCAAAAAAAAAAAAAAAAAAAAACCUAUCAAAACCAAAAUAGCUUCUAUUGUCUUCCACUGAGAAAAGAAGCUUGUUGGUAGUUUAUAAUUAACAUAUUUAACUUGUUAUAAUAUGUAUUUUAAAAGGCUACUUUGGCAGAGAAGCUUGGGUACAACAUACCCUUUUUUCUUUUCUGGCUAUGUGCUAUGGAUUUUACAUACAUCACAUUUUUAUACUGUUUUUGAAUUUUAUUAAGUUUAAAUGUAGUUAUAUAAUUUGCCAUUUCCCCUUUCUUCUUCCAAAACUUCCCCGUGUAUCCUUUCUUGCUUUCUGUCAGUGACCUCUUUUUCUUUAAUUGUUGUUACAUCAUAUGUAUGUGUAUAAUUGGAAAGCUCUACCUGUAGAAGACCAUUUCUCCUACUCUGAACAUUCUCCAGUUGCCCAUAAUUCUUUGUCUAGAGUUGAGAAACUGCAAGCUUUCGACCCUCUCCAUGUUGGCACAUCCAUUGGCAUCAACAUUGUUCAGAUCUUGUCAAGUCACUCAUAUUGAUGACACUUCAUGGGUGUAGGCUUUCUGAUGUCAUACGUUUUUAUUUAAAUUACCAUUUAAAAAUAUUAGAAUAAUAAAAGGUACCUUCAUAAUGUACUUCAAAUUUUCCAUAAUGUAAUUGGAAUGUCUAAUUUCCUUUAUAGGACUUAACCUAAAGAAGAAAUUUUCCAUAAAAUUG